CCCUGAGGUACUUGUACUGGAGUAUUUCCACGUUAUACUACUUUAUGCUUUCACUCAGUCCAGAGAGAAAUGUUUAGUCUCUACUCCACUGUAAGCUUUACUUCAUGCACGAUGGCUAACAUAGCAGGCUUAAAAACAACACAUUGUUGAAGUGCACUCGUUCUGCUCAUUCUCAGCUCCACAUUUUUAAUGUUGGACUCUACUGGAGCAGCUUUGCAUGAGUCACAGUUCAAAAUAAUGCUUAUUUGUCUUACACUGGGCUUUUGUGCUUCCCCUUGGAUUUUAUUAAAUGAACCCAACCCCCAGUCAACAUACAUAUAAUGUGCCACGUUUCCCAAAACUGAAGGUCUAUGCUGACACUUCAUUUUCUCGGUACCAUUCAUAAUAUUAAUUACCUAUAACUGGGCUCAACCAUCCAACGUGAUGGACAGUGCACAAGAGAGAGCACAUCCAGGGUGGAGACGAGUGUCAGAGGUCAUUUGUGACAGAAGGAUAGCAGGAGAAGUGAAAGGGCAAACUUACAAGAUGGUAGUGAGACCUGCUGUGACGCAUGAUUUUGAGACAAAAAGGUGGAAGGCUGAGCUGAAGAUGUUAGGAUUGGGAGAGACCGGGAUGAACAGGAUUAUAAAUGGACGUGUCAGAGGGACAGCUCAGCUUGAGCAGUUUGGAGACAGAGUCGUGGAGAGCCAAGACUGAGACGUUUGCACAUGUGCAGAGGAGGGAUGAUGUAAAUGAGGGACAACGAAUGAUGAAGAAGCUGCCACACAGGAGGAAAAAGGAAAAGCUCAGAGAAGAUUCAUGGAUGUGAUGAAGGAGGACAUCCAGAUGGUUAGUGUGACACAGGAGGGGGGUGACCCUUAAAAAGGGCAGCAGAUAGAAGUACAGGUUAAAGAUUACAGCUGGAGAAUGUAAUUAAAAUACAUCACAGACAGCAGUGAUAAAGAAACAUGUAAAAAAAAUAACCAAGGAUGAUUUCCAUAUUCAUUGCUAGCUUUUAUGUCAAAGCCACAGAAACAAAAAAGAAAAUAAAACAGUCCCCCGUGGGUCUUGGUGGCUGUUUUUGGAGCUCCUGUGGUAAAGCAGCAGCAGCUGUGGCCGUGGCAGGUUGUCGGUGUUGCUGAGCUCUGAGCUGUGACCGCGGAGGGGAGGAGAAAAGUGCCGAGCUGCAGCGGCUCUGCUCAUUCAGCCUCCGAGCCAGCAACCAAACAGCAGCUCCAACUUCAGCGCACAUCGGAAAUACUGAGCAGGAAACGGGCAGCUGGAGGGACACCGACCGCUAACUGUCGCUUCACCUGCUGGGGGAUAAAAACACCUUCAGAGCCAUGCUGGAGUGACCCGUCCAGUUCCUGUCGAUCCAGGGUGACCAGUGAGCGGCUUAAGGUGGAUCGCAUCAUCAUGGAAUAAUAGCAUUGGGAGUCAAAGCUCGACCUCUUCCUCCUCGUCCUCCUCCCCCUAUUUCUUUUUCUCUCAGCCUCACUCUGUACUGAAGCCUCCCCCUAACAAACACUCACCCACCCACUCACUCAUGCAGGACCCUUCUGACCACUCCUCCCACGCAAGUCACGGUCCACUCCCACCGUCUCUCCAGCCAGUCAGGCGGUGAGCGGCUGGAAGCCGUGUAAUCCUCUGUAAAGUAUAGCGCCUAUACGGCCGCAUAUGCUCCCCUUUGUCAUGGCGGCUGUUGUUGUUGUGGAGGCCUCCCUCAGGAGAGAGCAGGAGGGACAGCAGAAGGCAGCAUAAAGCUCACAAAGGCAGGAAGGGUGAGAGAAGGAGACGCUGCAGAUUGUUCGGCUGGAGGCGAGUGAACUUCACAGGGCAGCGGAUGGUGCUCAGUCGGUGUGAGACUCCAUAAUGUGGGGCUGGCAUUAUCUCCCCAAACCAAACACAAAGUGGACCAACAGUCAGCUCUGGAGAUACCUACCACCUGCUGAGCAGCAGCGGGCAAUGCAGUGAGGACAAAGUGGACCAGAUUUUUUUCUUUUCUUUUUUUGUGUCUCAGUGUGGAAUAUUUUUCUACUUUUGUUCUGUUUGGAGGUCUUUGUGCUUACAGCCUACCAAAAGUGCCUUUAUGUGUGACAUCGCCGCGUCUGACAUACUGAAGUUAAAUAUUUCACAGAUUGUCACUCACUUGACAUUCGCCGUGCGCUGCCAUAUUCUGGAUUAUAUAGGAAGGAAAAGGCUUGACGCCACCCUCCACUAACCCUGACAAUCAUCACCUGCUACACCCGAGCAGCAAGUUCCACCUGUCUCCACUGGACCCAUCCGAGCCGUCACCAUGUUCAGUAUUCAGUCCAAAUGGCGCUACCUUAUCAUGUUCCUGGGCAUCCAGCUGGUGGUGAUGGCGCUGCUGUCCCGAGAGGGAUACCAGAAGAGGGUCACUUACUUCAUACGCAUCUUCCGCAAGCCAGACGGGGGCGCUGUAUCAGGCCGCAACCACACCACACCCACGAUCAGUGGAGGGGACGUAUACGCCAACCUCUCCCACCUGCCCAAAGCUCACGGCCAUCGAGACGACAUGCCCUACUGUCCCAAAACGUCCCCUCUAAUAGGAGGGCCGAUCCACGUCAGCUUCCCGUCACGCCUUAGUCUGGCCGAGGUUGAGAGGAAGAAUCCGCUGGUGGUGCGCGGAGGACAAUACAGGCCGCCGGACUGUGUGGCGAGGCAUCGCACGGCCAUCAUCAUUCCCCACAGACACCGAGAGCACCACCUCAAGUUCCUGCUCUACUACCUGCAUCCGUUCCUGCAGCGGCAGCAGCUCAAAUAUGGCAUUUACGUCAUCCACCAGGCUGGAAACUACACCUUUAACAGAGCCAAGCUGAUGAACGCCGGUUUCCGGGAGGCCAUGAAGGAGGAGGACUGGGACUGCCUCUUCUUCCAUGAUGUGGACCUCAUUCCAGAGGACGACCGGAAUACGUACGUCUGUGACUCGAACCCCAAGCACGCGGCCAUCGCCAUGGACAAGUUCGGCUACAAGCUUCCAUACAAGAUGUAUUUUGGAGGCGUGUCCGCUCUGACGCCCCUGCACUACCUUAAAAUGAACGGUUUCCCCAACAAUUACUGGGGCUGGGGCGGCGAGGACGACGACAUCGGAGUCAGAGUCUCUCUGGCUGGCAUGUACAUCACUCGUCCUUCACUGAAGGUGGGCCGGUACAAGAUGAUCAAACACAAGCUGGACAAAGGCAACGACGUGAACCCAAAGAGGUUCAACAUGCUCGCUAAGACGCGUCAGACCUGGAGGGCGGACGGGAUGAACACGGUGGAAUACGAGGUCAUCUCGCGGGAAUAUCUGCCCCUGUACACCAACAUCACCGUGAACAUCGGCACGGAGGCCGGCCUGCACCCGCCGCCCCGGACUCCCGGCUCCGCUCCCAAAGCUGAAGCUAAAGACGCCGCUGAAAAGCUCAAAGAGAAGUAGUCCUCGCUACUCUCACUUCAGACGGAUAAUCCUAUCAGUACAUGCUGUAUGAAGGUGUUGGGCUUUUUUCCUCUCGAUUAUUUCUUCUGUAAGUUUUGUCGCCCGAGUGUCGCUCCGCCUUCACGUCGUCGGGCGUGCUGGAUGAUGAAACCCCUAAAUCUGUUAAAGAUGGAUCAACUCUUCUAAGUGAUGUGCCGCUUCCUCCGGUCCUGCUCUAAUUUAUUCUUCUGAGGGAGCCGCAGCCGAGAGAGGGGGGCGGGGCUAACAGUUGGACUCUAUGAGUUUAUAUAUCUGCAGCGCUGUGGUCGCUGGUUUAACCGUGUGAGGCCUUAGAAUCUAUUUUUUGUCUCGUCUUUUCACUCGUACCUUACUCUACCGAGGAUGGUGGAUUUGAAGGAGCAGCAGUCGCACUGUGUCAGACUCAAAGCACCGAAGGGGUUUUCUGUGCUUCUGUUACCGUCAAGGCAAAGUUCUCGCUUCUGCACACCUGUCUGUGAACACCUUUGUUUUACAAAGACAAACGUAUCUUUUAAGAUUAUAGAUGAGUUUGUGGAAGUACAGCGGGAGUGAUUUCAUGGUGUAGAUGAAGUUGCGGCUCCUCUUAUUUCAGCCUUUUACACCAUCUCCUUAAACUUCAGUAUGUCUGACGUCUUCUGAUUGAAUUCAUCUCUUCUGUCUGAGUUCAGUGGGGUUAAGCUUUGCAUCAGAAUGGAGUCUUUUUCUUUUCUCUGAUGCUUUAUAUGCAGUGAAUUUGGAUGUGACACUAAUUAUCCUCAAUCGGCACAAAUCUGGGAAAUUAAAUGGAACGAUGAAAUUCAAUGGUCACAUUUAUUAAGCUAAUCAAACAUUAGAAGAAAACUGUAAUCAAUAUUUAAGGCCAAUGACAUUGGGCAAUAUUUGGGGUAUUUUACAUAAAUCCUGGUGUUUUUAAUAAUUGUUAAAAUCCUUUGGAAGAGGUUUCAAGAGAUGACGACACACUUUAGUGUAAUGCCAGUUACAUUACGAGUCACCUUAAAUAAGAACUUGUUGAUGGCGCUGAAUAGAAAUGCAAGAAGUUGAACAAACACAUGGUGGUGAAACACUGCCCCCAGUGGUCAAAGUUGUAGUUACAUUUUGUAACUUUAAGGUGCCUUUAAACUAUUUUAAUUACUGAAACAAGAACACUGAAUGAUGGCCUUGCAGGAAAUGACAGCGAAUCAUUUUGGUACAAAUUAUUUGAGGAAACUGGCACCUGCUUUACCGCAGCCACCCACCCAAAUAGUGUUUAUGAGGCGACUAUGGAGGGCAAAGUUUGUGUGUGUGGGGGGGGGGGCAUGCAUUUAUU